UUGAAUUGACAUUCAAAAGUGUUUGUCAUUUAUAACUCAAAAUGACUGCAACCGUAAAAUGUCUAGCCAAAAAUGUCGUUGAAGAAGAGUCGGAGGAAGACAAAGAACUUCAGGCCGAUUUAAAGUUAUUAGUGGACAGAAUAUGUGGCAAAGAUUCGGCAUUGAUUUUACCAUCAAUAGAAAUGAUGAAAUACUUAAUUCGCACAGCGACAACGUCAAUGACAUCGGUACCAAAACCUUUAAAAUACUUGGCACCAUAUUAUUUACAACUAAAGAACGCUUAUGAAACUUUGCCAGCGGGAAAUGCUCAAAAAGGCCUUGCAGACGUAAUUUCAGUCCUAGCAAUGGGUACGGCAGGUGGAGACAUCGCACGAAAACAACACGACUGCCUCAAAUUUUGCCUCAAAGGCACACUGACGAACAUCGGAGACUGGGGUCAUGAAUACAUUCGCAAUUUGGAGAAUGAGAUAGUGCAACAAUGGUCUGUUGGCGAAGUGGGCGAAAAAUCGCUCAUGCCAUUAAUAAAGGACAUAGUCAAGUUCGAUUUUCAGCAUCACGCUGAAAUACAGGCAUGCGAUUUGUUGGCCGAAAUCGACAAGCUAGAUCUACUGCUCAAUUACAUUAAUAGCUCGACUUACCAAAGAGUAUGUUUAUAUUUGAUGAGUUGUACCAAGUACGUCGACGACGUGGAGAGCCGUAAAAUCACUAAAAUGGUUUGCGAACAGUAUCUCAAGUAUGGAGAGUAUUCUAGAUCAUUGAUAGCUGCGAUUCAAAUGAAAAACAAGCAAAUGGUGGACGACUUGUUUUCAAUUUGCACUGACAAAGUGAUUUUAUUACAAAUGGCUUUUAUUUGCGCGAGACAUUUGUAUUCAGUAGAACUCGAUCCCAACAUCAAAGAAGUGGAUGAGUUACAGAAUGUUCUGAAUAAUAGUCACUUGAGCAAUUAUUUCUUGACUUUGGUACGCGAGUUGGAUAUAUUGGAGCCGAAAACGCCGGAGGAGGUUUAUAAAACUUGGCUGGAACCGACGACUUCGCCACGUUAUAGAUUAAUGGGUGAAACUGUGGACAGUGCGAAACAAAAUCUCGCCUCGUCUUUUGUUAACGGUUUUGUUAAUGCCGGCUUCGGCAGAGAUAAAUUACUCACUGAAGAAGGUGGUAACAAGUCAAUAUACAAGAAUAAAGAUCACGGUAUGAUAAGUGCGACCGCAACUCUGGGACUGCUACAUCUCUGGGAUGUGGACGGGGGAUUAACACCCAUCGACAAAUAUCUAUACACUUCAGAAGAUUAUAUAAGAUCUGGUGCAUUAUUGGCUCUUGGCAUCGUCAACUGCAGGAUUCGUAACGAAUGCGAUCCGGCUUUGGCACUUCUUGGAGAUUACAUUGCGGGAGAAAACACAGUAUUGCAAACCGGAGCGAUUUUCGGAUUAGGUCUUGCUUACGCAGGUUCUAAUCGAGAAGACGUCUUGGACUUGUUGUUGCCAGCAUUAAAUUCGUGCUCUUCAGUUGAAAUACUGGGUAUAACAGCGUUGUCCUGUGGUCUGAUUAGUUUGGGCAAAAGUAACACUGAAGCGGCGACCGCGAUUUUGGAUAAAAUAAUGUUAGCGAACAACACCGACUCACUGAAGUCGCCGUUUAUGACGCUCGCAGGUUUAGGUGUUGCAUUGUGUUAUUAUGCUGCCAAACAAGAAGCGGACGUACCAAUUUAUGCUAUUGAAGUUCUUGACGAACCGUUCAAAUCUAUGAUGCACUCUAUGUUAUACAUGUGUGCAUAUGCCGGUAGUGGGGACGUGUUGAUCGUCCAGGAAUUACUAGAAACUGUCGGCGAAAGGAUUGAGCCCUCAAAACUGGAGAAUAACAGCGAUUCGAAGCUAAAGAAAGAUAUCGGCAGUACAAGCAGUACCACUACAACUGGCAGCAACGCAAGGAAAGAUGGGAUAGACGCCAAAUUAAGGGACUUAAAGAAAAGACUGGAGUGGGAUUAUGCGGCCGGACAAGCUAUGGCGACUCUUGCGGUAGCUGCUGUUUCGUUCGGCGAGGAAACGGGUAUGGAAAUGGUGCAACGUAUUUUUGGUCACGUAGGACGUUACGGCGACAAUACGGUGCGUAAGGCUGCUCCUUUAGCUAUCGCUUUAACAUCAAUAUCAAAUCCGGAGUUACCGACUCUUGAUGUGCUAACCAAAUAUUCGCACGAUUCCGAUGAUGACGUGGCCUGUAACGGAAUAUUCGGGCUAGGUUUGAUCGGAGCCGGGACCAAUAACGCUCGAUUGGCGGCUUGUUUGAGGCAGUUGGCUGUUUAUCAUUCGAAGAAAUCGUCGCAGUUGUUCAUGGUGAGGAUCGCUCAGGGUUUGGUGCAUAUGGGAAAGGGCACCCUGACGUUGAACCCCAUGCACACCGACCGUCAAUUGAUAGACCCUGUGGGAAUGGCCGGUGUACUCAUAACUCUUGUUUCGCUUCUAAAGCCCCAAGCGACAAUUCUAGGCAAGGCACAUUAUUUAAUGUUCUCUUUGGUGACGGCAAUGCAUCCCAGAUGGUUGUUGACUUUGAACGAGAAUUUGGAACCUACCCCCGUGACCGUUAGGGUCGGACAGGCGGUGGAUGUUGUUGCGAAGGCGGGCACUCCAAAAACUAUAGCGGGUAUUCACACACAUACUACUCCCGUACUUUUGGCGACUGGAGAAAGGGCUGAAUUAGCUACUGAUGAGUUUGAGGUAUUUGCGCCCACUUUAGACGGGAUAUGUGUAUUAAAGAAAAAAGAAUAGUUCUAAAUUUUUCUUUAGUAUUUUUUUUUUGGUCAAAACCCAUUUGUAUAACACAUACAAAACAACAUUUAAAGUCAAUAAAGAAAUAAACCAUAAAUAAA